AUGGAACCAACACGCAAUCGAAGCUUACCCCCGGAACUGCAGGUCAUGCGCUUUCAACUUCGGAUGAUGGAGCUGACAGGACUGGUGGGUCCACAAGGACGCUUCCAUCGGUUCCUUCUCGCCUUCGGGUGGGGAACAUUCAUAAUCAUCUUUCCGAAAAUCGUACUCGGCAUGGGAAGCAACGAGUUCGAUGUCAUCAUCAAGGGCCUGUCCGAGUUGCUGUUCCAGGUCAAUCUCUACGCUUCGGCCGCAUUACUGGUGCUGAAGCUGCCAUCCUUCAAACGGAUGGUUCAACUUUUGAGUGAAAUCAUCCAGCAAGUUACGGACGACGACGAAUCGAAGGAUUGCUACGAUCAGAUUCGAGAACAAAAUUCCAAACUCAACAAAUUUUCCAAGUUUUACUUCACCUACUGCUGCUUCGGACCGUUCAUUUACUGCAUUCCGGCAUUGGGUACCAGCUAUGUGCGUUACUUCGGCACCACCGUUGGUAAUGGAUCGAAACUGCUACAGUUCGAACUUGCCAUGGAACAAGAAUUCUAUGGAUUGAAGAUCCGUACAAAUUUCGUGCAUUACCACCUAUUCAUGGUGCUUUCGCUGACGGCCUAUUGCAUCUGUUCGUACCUGUCGGUGAUUAAGGUUACCUCACUGCUCAGUGCGAUCAGGUAUAACUCGUUAACCUACCGGCUGGUGGCGAUCAGAGUUCGGAGAUUGCAGCACGGCGGUCAGGAGGUCACGAUAUCCAGCAUCGACGAAAUCGUUAAACUACAUAGGAAAGCAUUCGAGUUAACCGGUUUGGUAGAGGAGAUAGUCAAUGUUCCCCUGGCGAUGCAGUUUAUGACCUGUAUUCUGGUCUGGUGUUUGGUCAUGUUCUACGUCUCGACGAACGUCAACCUGAAUCUGUUCAACGUGAUGGUACCGUUCGGGUUGUCUAUGAUCGAAACCUACGGAUAUGCGUAUCUGGGAUCGGAGUUGACAGCCGAAGCGCAGGCAGUCGGACAAGCCAUCUACGAACUGUCGUGGUACGAAGCAUCCGCAGCGUUUCAGCGAUACUACCGUUUGAUCAUCCAGCGCGCUCAAUGUGCCACCGGAAUCACGGCGGUCAAGUUUUUCCUCGUUGGGAUCGACAAAUUUGGACGGGUGAUCCAAAUGUCGUAUUCAUACUAUUUAGUGCUUAGGGAUGUGUUUAGCAAGUGA